CUGCUGUGGCGCGCGCGUCGGAGAACAAUUUCCAAAACUUUUGUGGUUUUGAAUUCAAACGAAAGACUAGAAAUUGGAAUAAUCUUCACAUUUCUUUGAAUAAGAAGUAAUAAUGCAACGAAGACAGGGAAGAGUCAAUGCCGGACUGCUUUUGCUGCUUUAUCAGAUUUCUCAAGUUGGACUCCAGAACAUUCCUUCUGUUACCCUUGGGGUACUUGCACUGAAUAUUUUUCUCUUUCUGAAUCCUGUGAGGCCACUGCAUGAAGUGUGUAUCAGUGUAAAUGAAGGCUUCUACAAAAAGAACUGGCAGCGUUUACUGCUUUCUCCUGUCCACCAUGCAGAUGACUGGCAUUUAUAUUAUAACAUGAUUUCCAUGCUUUGGAAGGGCAUAAUGCUGGAAAAAAAGCUUAAGAGCAUAUGGUUUGCAUAUGUAAUUGCAGUAUUUUCAGUGCUCAUUGGAGUUGUUUAUAUGGUGCUGGAAUUCAUGCUUGUGAAAAUUCUGGAUGAUCCUUCAUAUGAAAUGAAUUGUGCUGUAGGUUUUUCAGGAGUCUUGUUUGCAUUGAAAGUUCUUAACAACCAUUACAACCCAGGAAGAGUCAGCAGUGUCCUUGGAUUGCAGAUAUCCAGUAAAUAUGCUUGUUGGGUGGAGCUGGUGGCUAUUCAUUUAAUCUCCCCAGGGACUUCUUUUGCUGGGCAUCUGGCAGGGAUUCUUGUUGGACUGAUGUACACUAUGGGCCCUCUGAAAAAGAUCAUGAAAACCUGUGCAGGUGGCGUUUCUUCAUUCACUGACCCUGCUAGGCCAAGGGACUACUAUUCAGAGUAUUAUGGCUAUCCCGGUUAUCAAUACAGAACGCCAAGGAGCUAUUAUGAUUAUACAGGUGGGCUUACUGAAGAAGAACAGCUUGAAAGGGCAGUGCUAAACAGUCUUAAUGAAAGAGAUUUUGGUGGAGCAACAUAUAAUAAUGAGCGGCGACCCUAUGGUUUUUGGUUUCUACCUGAGCAGCAUUCAGAAGAGGAGAUGAGAAGGCAAAGGCUUCGUAGGUUUGAGAGACAAUGAAGUUGGCAGGUGUUGAUGUAAAUUGUAAAGCACUAUUCAGAGUUACCAAAAUAUUUGCAGAUUUAUUUGUAAUAUGCAGAUUUGUUUGUAGUAAUUUUCCAAUUUUUUUACUACUAGUUGUAAAACUGCAGAGGAUUUUGUGAGUUCGGGCUCAAAAUGGGAACUUGCAUAAAAAGUGUGAGAUAGGAAUCAAAAUAUGAUCUUUGGCAGUCUCAGUCUUAAUGCACCUUAAAUAUGGAAGAAGACUGAUGGUUUUACCAAACUGUCUUUUUUUCUUAAGUUCUUUUGUGUAGCUUCAAGAAUUGCUUGGCUUUUUGACUGCUGGUAUUCUCAGACAACAGGUUUUCAUCAUCCAUCACAGAUGAAAAAAAAUUACAUUUUUAUACAAUUGUGUAAAACUGUGCAAUUUUUCCUUACAAACAUCUCUCUGUUUAUCUAUGAUGACUGACUGUUUUGGGGAUUGGCGUGUGAAAUGUCACUUGAAAAGAUUGCUUUGAUGACAACCGCUAGAUCAUAUGAGUCUAAGCUUAAACUUUUCAGCAGUUUUGCAAACUGUGAGAAGUAGUUGCAGCUAUCGUUGCCCUAAGGAGCUAUUUAACACAACCUUUAGUGUUGAAUUCUUCCUUAAAACAUGCCAUUUUAUCUAGAGCUUGUAUGUCAGAAAAAUGAGUUGUAACUACUUACUAUUUCCUAAAGCCUUUCUUAAUAUUUAUGUUUUAAAUAAAAUGCUUCCUUUUAUAGUUGAAAUAAUUUUUUAGAAGUUUUAUGGAAAGGGAGGUGGAUAUGCCAUAUGAAGAACAUAUUUAUUACUUACACUUUUUCAAAGCAUCUAUUUUCCUUUUUAAGAAGGCUUGGAAAUUGUGUCAUGUAUGUGCUGUUCAUGCAGCUUAGAAAUUCUACUACUUGUCUGUGUGUAUCUCACUUGACGUCCAGUAGCAGCAGUAAAAGUUUGCAGACUUUUGAAGAUCUUGCCUAACUGUAGGCUACCUUGAAUUCUUCAUUUUCUAGAAGGAAUCUCUCUACUCAACUCUAGAGUGGUUGACAGGAGACCAGACAGCUCAGUUACCACUUUGGACAGACCCUCCACUCGCUGCUUGUCACACAGUGGCUGUCCUGCUUGUGGCACAUCUGCUUAUUCCAUACUGUUAGCUAAUGAACCUGAAGGUUUUUUUCCUAAUAUCACUCAGAAAUUACUCCUUGCCCAGGCUUUUUUUCCUCAUAAUAGCAGAAACUUUUCUGAAAUUGGGGACACUCCUGUGUAAGUAUUUUCAGUCCUGAAGAGGUGUGAUUGCACAAGAAUAAUUUGAUUAUUGGUCUUUGGCACGGGACUGUUGGAAUCUCUUCAGCACUAAUUUAGUAGAGCAUCAGGAUGAGCAAUUUAGUGGUUUAUUUUCAUAUACAUGUAAUCACCAAUCUGUGCUUUAUGAAGUCUACUUCUUUAUGGGGUUAUAGUUUGAAUGUAAAAACAUAGUGCUCUAUGAAACUGAAACCAACUUUUUUUGCUAUCCUCUUUAUUUAAAGAGUACACCUUCUGACUGUAACUAAGCUUUUCUUUGCUGAAAAAUGCACAGGCAGUUCUUUCUCUCCUAUGCCAUUCUCACUUUCACCAUCCUUCUUAUACCUAUUGUUGAUUUUUCUGCCAAGAAGCAGCAGAAUAUUGUUACACCAGAUAACGUGGCUCAAGGUUCUGAGAGCCAAAAGACACGACUACAGUGUGAAUUUGGAGAUACUCAUUCAGGCAGUGUAAGAACACUGUUAAUAUUAUGCAAAGUAUUUUCUGGCAGAUUCUAAGAUACUUAGCACAUAAGGAAUGAUAAUUUUUGUUGUGUUCUUGGUCUUUGUUGUUUUUCUGUAUUUGCAGUAGCCAUAGAAUAAAAUAGCAGAUACUCUUAGCUAACUCUUCUAUGCUCACUAAAAAUAUGUAUCAAAAAAACUGCAUACAGUUUGCAUAUUUUUCUCAGUGUGUAAUAAUUAUAUGUAAAUGAGGAGGAAGUAGCAUUGGUUCCUCAGACUAAUCUUUUAAUGCUCUGGUCAAAAGUUUCAGUGUAACUUACUGUGUCUGUUAAGCUCUGUUAUUUUAAU